UAGUUUCGAUUUGUCGAGACUUAUACAAUAUCACCAGCAGCCAUAUUAAUUGCCAUUGCACUUAUUAAGAAACUUUGUUGUGAACAAAAAGUCUGAAUUUGUACAAUUUUUUUUCACUAAGAAAGAUAAGCAUAACAUAAAAUCUAAACAUGUCAAACGAUGUGAACAGUCAAGCUGAUAAGCCCAAUGAGGAAGAAAAUAUCGAUAAAGCAGAAGAAGAAGAAGGCACUUCAUCUAUUGAUCUGCAUGCGCAAGAAAGUGGAAUUGUAUAUGGUGGUUGUGAAGGACCAAAUGCAAUGUACGUAAAACUUGUCAGCAGUGAUGGACAUGAAUUUAUUGUUAAACGUGAACAUGCAUUAACCAGUGGAACAAUAAAAGCUAUGCUAAGUGGACCUGGACAAUUCGCAGAAAAUGAAGCCAACGAAGUUAAUUUUCGAGAAAUUCCAUCUCAUGUAUUGCAAAAAGUUUGCAUGUAUUUUACAUACAAAGUACGCUAUACAAAUAGCAGCACAGAAAUACCAGAAUUUCCUAUUGCACCUGAAAUUGCAUUAGAAUUACUGAUGGCUGGAAAUUUCCUGGAUUGUUAAGUGUCGCAAAUAAUAUUAAUAACGAGCAAUUCAGCUCUGAGACAUACCAAUUUUAUUGGUCAUAAUUUAGAUUUCAAAAAUGAAGAAUUCAACACGGUUUUAAAAAAAAUUCAUACUUUGUAUUUUGCAGUAUAGUUAUUAUUUUAGAAAUAAAUUAUCAUAAUGAAUCAAACAAUUUGAAAUACAAACAUAAAGUUAAAAAAAUUAAUGCUACAUUAAUAAAUAUUUGAAACGAAAAUAAUAGGAAUUUCAAUUAAUAAGAGACUUAAAUUUGCUGCAUAUACUAUCUGAUUAUAUUUAAUAUAUAUUCAGUAAUGCAAUAAGUUACUGCACCUAAAUGAAAUUUCUAUUGAAAAACGAUGUGCUGAUAUAAUAUUAUACAUAUGUACAUGCAUGUCUAUUUAAUAUACAAUUACAAAAAAAGAUUUAUAUUAUGUACAAUUGAUGCAGAGUUCAAUUAGAUUGUAUACUAACAAAAAUUUUUACUUUUGAAUCUAUUGAUAUAUUAUAGUUAUAUUUUUCGUUAUA